CUGAUUGGCUGAGGCGCGGGGCAGAAAGUGCUGAACGUUCCAUCCCCCGAGCGCGCGGGGCCUCGUGGAUUUAAGCCCGGAGUUUGCAGGGAGGCGCCUCUUUUUCGCGGGGGCGUCCGCCGUUGCACCGAGGAUCCCAGCUGCUAGUACUUCCAGCUGCCAUGGCCAGCACACACGCCGGCGGAGACCAGGUCACCAGGGACCUCUGGGUCUCUCACAACAAGAUGGUGAUGGAAGCCCUGGACACCAAUGACCCCGAGGUCUACGAUAUUAUCAAGAAAGAGAAACGGCGCCAGAGACUCGGGUUGGAGCUGAUCGCGUCAGAAAACUUUGCCAGCCGAGCCGUUCUGGAGGCCUUGGGUUCCUGCCUGAACAACAAAUACUCAGAAGGAUAUCCGGGGCAAAGAUAUUAUGGUGGGACAGAAUUUGUGGACGAGUUGGAAAGACUUUGCCAGAAGAGAGCCCUGGAGGCCUAUGGGCUAGACCCACAGAAGUGGGGGGUGAACGUCCAGCCCUAUUCAGGGUCCCCCGCAAACUUCGCCGUGUACACCGCCCUGGUUGAGCCCCACGGGAGGAUUAUGGGCUUGGAUCUACCGGAUGGGGGUCAUCUCACCCAUGGCUUCAUGACCGACAAGAAGAAAAUCUCCGCCACGUCCAUCUUCUUCGAGUCCAUGCCCUACAAGGUCAAUCCCGAAACGGGCUACAUUGACUAUGACCGGCUGGAGGAGAAUGCCCGCCUUUUUCAUCCAAAGCUGAUCAUUGCAGGGGUCAGCUGCUACUCCCGGAAUUUGGACUACGCCCGGAUGAGGAAGAUCGCGGAUGAGAACAACGCCUACCUCAUGGCCGAUAUGGCCCACAUCAGCGGCUUGGUGGCCGCCGGCGUGGUGCCCUCCCCCUUCCAGCACUGUGACGUGGUUUCCACCACCACCCACAAAACCUUGCGGGGCUGCCGGGCUGGCAUGAUCUUCUACCGGAAAGGUGAGCGUUGCAGCAAGCAGGUCACUGAUGCUCCAUCUUCCUGGGCUGAAGCCUCUGGAGAAGAUGGGGAGGCAUCCGGCAUCUUCCAAACACCCUUCUUCCUUUCUCCAGGCGUCCGCAGCGUGGACCCCAAAACGGGGAAGGAGGUCCUGUACAACCUGGAAAGUCUCAUCAAUCAGGCAGUCUUUCCUGGUCUCCAGGGAGGCCCUCACAAUCACGCCAUCGCAGGCAUCGCCGUGGCUUUGAAACAAGCCAUGACUCCCGAAUUCAAGACGUACCAGCAACAGGUGGUGGCCAACUGCAAGGCUUUGUCAGCCGCGCUCACCAGCUUGGGAUACCACAUCGUCACCGGGGGCUCCGACAACCACUUGAUUCUUGUCGAUCUGCGCAACCGGGGCACGGAUGGGGGGCGAGCUGAACGGGUCCUGGAGCUCUGCUCCAUCGCUUGCAACAAGAACACCUGCCCAGGAGACAAAAGUGCUUUGCGCCCCAGUGGGCUGAGAUUGGGGACCCCGGCUCUCACCUCCAGAGGACUCCUGGAAGAAGACUUCAAAAAAGUAGCUCACUUCAUUCACAAAGGUAUAGAGCUCACCUUGCAGGUCCAGAGCGACAUGAGCCCCAAAGCCACCCUGAAAGAGUUCAAGGAGAAGUUGGUGACGGAGCAGAAGUAUCGAGGGCUGCUGAGGUCCAUCGAGCAGGAAGUGGAGACCUUCGCCGAUUCCUUCCCGCUUCCGGGCUUGCCUGUGUUGUAAAGGAGCCACAUCUGGAAUGGCAGCCCCCCCCCAUAUACCCAUCCCAGCUGCCCUCUUGCAACAGGACCCUCCCUCCCCCCAAUACCCGCCUUUGGUUUCCCUUGGCUUGGCCUCUGCUUUUAUAAUCAGCUUUUAAACCAAAUUCUGUUCCUCCCCCUCUUUAAAAAGAAAAAUGCGCCGGAGCUGGCAAGGAAAUGGAAGGAGGGCGAUUUUUAGCACCCACCCUCUCUGGAACGAUGGAUGACAGGCCGGUGCCGUGUCCCCUGUCCCCCGCCAGUGUUGCCUUCCUUUCUUGGGGAGUGAAAUCCCAGGUCAAUGAACAGGAGGUUCACCCCUUAGGAAAGAAAAAAAAAUCAAUUUUAAAUGGGAGAGAGGGAAGGUUAAUAGUCCAGCUGACUGAGUUGUAUCUGGGGCAGUGAGGCUGUUUUGAGGGACGGCUCCACGUUUAGUCUCAAUGGCUCCUUGGAAAGUAAUUCUGCAAGACUCCUUGAAAAUGUGUAAAUGAAGACUCAACCAUCCAGGCCAAAAGUACCUCAAAGGCUUAAAUCGUGGCAACUGGACCAAAGUUUAUUAAAACUCCAAGGAACUUCUUCAGAAACCCCCUGCAGCCUGUAUGGCAAGAGUUGGGCCAUUCCAACGUCUCUCUGCCUACCCAAAGUUUUCAUUCUGACUGAAGGAGUCACCUGGAUGAGAAACAAAACGGUUUUAAUCACCUUUGGUCCAGUUGCCAUGAUUUAACCCUUUUUUAGAUACUCCUGGGAAAGUUUUCGGACUCCUUCCCGAUGGGAUUAUUCCACCUUGUGCUCCUCGUGGGAAAAAGAAGCAAUAGCACAAUUGUGUAAAAGGUUUUCAAGCAGAAGAUGCUAUCCAGGCCUCUUGCCAGAAAAAAUAAACAAACACAUUGAUACAACAGGAGAAGCAGCUCUUCUAGAGAUCUUUUGAAGAGAGGAGGGUGGGGGGGGGGGGGUUGUUCUCCAAACUGUUUUACAGUUAAGCUACAGAAUUUAUUGCCACAAUUUGUAGGCUUAAGCAGGAGAUGGCCUUCCUUCCGUUCACCUCACAGCCUUUCCAGGAAACCUGGUGGUUGGCCAGGGAGGGAAGCAGGAAGCUAAACUAUGCGGGGAUUGUAAUUUUCUCUCGUCCCACGGUUUGUACUUCCAGCUCCCAAAAAGCAGAUGUGUCGUUCAAGGAAAGGGGCGCUUUUAAUGACAAGCUGAGCAACAUAUUUGACACCAAUUUCUCCCAAUUUGCAAUUUCUUUCCCCACCUACCACCGACAGUUGCCUUCACUGUACUAGAUGCACAAGCCCAAACAGACCGCCAGGACAGUUUUUACUAAGCACAAUAAAAUUAAGAAUUUUA